GAACAGGCGACAAUUCCCUCCCCCGUCGCCCUCAAUUACGAACAGCAGGGAAUUUGGAGAUAUUUGGGAUAGAGGGAAAUAGACUGGCUCGAUGAAGCGGGUACGGCUCGAUCGAUUGGGCGGCCAAUUGCUGCAGGCCCAAGCCCAAGCCCGCGGCGGCAUCAAUAUCACAAGACAGGCCUUUCUGCAAACGACUCGACGACAGACCACUUCGGCUACCGUUACCGAAACUGAGAACAAACAAUCUACACCUCAACCUCUCCCUUCUCCUCCUUUUCAACGCGCGGCAGAGUCGGCUAAACUUGCUGCCCUCCAUGCUCGGUUAUCCCUCUCCAACAAGAUCCCUCUCGAGACUCUCGCCCGCACCCUCAUUGUCCCCUCGGCCGACCAGAACCCCAGCUACAACAACUCGAACCUCGCUUUCCUCGGCAGCACAUUCAUCAACUACCAUGUCCUCGAAUACAUUGUAUGCAAAUGGCCCCGUCUGCCAAUGCCCAUCGUCUAUGAGGUCCUCCGUGCCUUUGCUGGAAAGGAAUCCCUGCACCAAAUAGCUCGUCGAUGGGGUGUCGAGGCCGCCGCUGCUCCCGGAGAGGAGGUCGACCCAGGCCUGCUACAGUGGGCACCCAAGGACUCAGGCAUGCAGACUCGAUGGGGAUAUGUUCGUCAAGAGGCCGCCUAUACCGACCGAUUUACGCCCCGCCGUGGAAUUAGCAGCCGAGUGGUUUUCGAUGACGAUUUCGGCGAUGUCAUUGAAGAGCCCAAGACUGGCGAGGAUGGAUACAAGUACUACCAGCAUGAGGCGCAUUCUUCUUUUGUUCAGGCCGUUGUAGGUUCCAUUUACACCCACGCCGGUCAAGAUGCCGCCCGAGACUUUGUCAAGUCCCACGUUCUCUCCCGGCAGGUCGACGUUUCCGCCAUGUUCCAGUUCAAGCUGCCCACACGAGAACUCGCCCUACUUUGCGCCCGUGAAGGCUUCGAGGCUCCCAUUGCCCGCCUAGAGAGUGAGACGGGUCGCCACUCACGAACACCCGUGUUCAUUGUUGGCAUCUACAGUAGCUCGGAGAAGCUCGGAGAAGGUGCCGGUGCUAGUCUGGACCUUGCUAGGUGGAAGGCUUCAAUGAACGCUCUCAAGGCGUGGUAUCUCUACAGCCCUGGCAACAAGGUCCGGGUACCAAGUGAUAUGCACGAGCCAGGUGCCAAGCCCUGGAAGGCCCCUCAUAUUGAUAUUGGUGAGAUUAUCUAAAAAGAGGCGUCAUCGUGUUGGAUAUAUAUGUACUCGGAGGGCCGGUGUAAGGCGUCGACCCUGGAUGUGAAUAAUGAAUUCUUCGCCCAGGUUGGGCAGUGUAUAAAAAAUUACAUGGGAGCAUAGGACCCUAGAGAAUCGGGUCGGGAAAUGUCAAUGUACGAUACAAUGUAGAACAAUGACAAAACUCCUCGACAAUGGCGAGUCAGAAUCAACUUUUUUUUUUGCAUUACGCUG